CCCUACUUUGAACCUUUACAGUACGACACCUGCAUUCUUCCAAUGUCAUCCCUGGCCGAACCGCUUGCACAAAAGUCUUGGAUCUAAACUUGACAUCGUUUUGCAUAGUCUUAUUUGAGCGACUUCUGUUCUUUGUCCUCAGGCCCCCGUCUUCUCGCAAGUUCUCGACCCCGACGACUUGUAGUGAUUCAGGCACGAUGCCAUCUUCGAGAUGACAUGCCGCAAGCGCCAAUGAACUCGACCGCCUAACCCUCGACCUCCCUUCUGUGUGAUAAAUCACAACGCCCUCUCCAGACAUCACCGAUGCCUAGCUACUCGAGUCCCUCUCCUUCUCCUCCCCCGACCGGUCGACGUCGCCGACUACGAUCAUGCGCGGACAAAUGUGAGCGAGGAUGCUGGACGUUGGCCACCUUCUUCCCACUCGCCUUUGUAUACAGUCUUUCGACAUGGGCGGUCUGGGUCGUCUCGUCUAUAGGAUUUGGCUCCCACCGAUCUAAACAUGUGUGGUGGUCGAUACAAUUCAUCUCGCUCCUCGGCAUCCUAUUGUACUCCCUGGCGAAUCUCUCAUACACGGUCGCAGUCUUUACGGACCCAGGAUCCCCGUUGAACCCUCCAAAAGGCUCGUCCAGGCGAAAGGGCGCAUACUCUGUCCUUCCGACCCGCGAGCGGUCCACAGACCUCGAAGGGGUCCAAAACAUCACAGUCUCUUCGACAGGGGCGCCGCGGUACUGCAAGAAAUGCCACGUCCCCAAACCAGACCGGACGCACCAUUGCUCGACGUGUAAGCGGUGCGUCUUGAAGAUGGACCACCACUGUCCGUGGCUGUCCACAUGCCUAGGUCUACAUAACUACAAAGCAUUUGUCUUGUUCCUGAUAUACAUUUCUUUAUUCAGUUGGGUGUGCUUCGCCAACUCCGCAUGGUGGAUGUGGAAGGAGCUUUUCGAGGAGAGCGGAUACCUCGAAGAAAUCGCGCCGGUCAAUAUAAUCCUCCUCGCAGUGGUCUCGGGAAUAAUAGGCCUGGUGUUGACCGGCUUCACAACCUGGCACAUAUACCUCUGCGCAAAGGGGCAGACGACGAUUGAAAAACUAGAAAAGACGAGGUAUCUAAGUGGUGUCCGAAGCCGAGUGGAGCGGAAUAGACAAGAACAUCAACUGAAUUCCCAUAGACGAGGGUCCGAAGGGGUCGCCGAACGAUUACAACGAGCAGGAGAGCAGAUUCUCGAGUUUCACGCAAACGCUGUACCGGGGGCGUCACGGUACGAAGAGGGCGAGGAACACACGUCGCCCGUGCCGAGUAUUUACAAUCAGAACUCCCAUCCGAAUAGCAACGACUAUCACCACCCUCGACAUCCGUAUUCUAAUUCUCAAUUUCAAGAUCCGGUGGGAGAUGUUAAUUCCAACGGGGACACUCCUGCCCUGCGCGCCUUGCGCAGGACGUAUAGCAACAUCGAAGCCGAGCGCGAACGAGAACGGUACGAUGAAUAUAUGGACGACUUUGAAGCCGAAGGGAUGCCAAAUGCGUUCGACCUUGGCUGGCGACGAAACCUGACACACUUGUUCGGUCCAACCGUUUUGCUGUGGUGGUUGCCAGUGUGCAAUACCACCGGUGACGGGUGGCAGUGGGAAGUCAGCGAGAAGUGGCAACUGGCGCAAGAGGAGGCGGCGCGACGCAAAGAACGAAGGAUCGAGGAGAUGAUGAGCAGUCAACAGAGGGGUGUUGGCGCGGGGGUCGUUGGCAUGCGCGGUGGUGGCGGCGGUGGAGGUUUUGCCGGGUAUGAGCGAGACCGCGAGAGAGACGGCAACAAUAAUAGCAAUGGAUAUUAUGAUGGCCACGACGGGUACGGCGGAAGUAUGCAGAGCGCCAUGAGUAUGAAAUCUUUGGCGGCUCGACAACACCAGCAACAUCGUCAGCAUCAUCAACAGCAACAACACAGAGGGAGACAGAGGACCGAUUUCGACCGUGGGGAGAAUGGACAAGUCGAAAGGUUCCAGGUUAGUAGUGACGGUGAGAGUGACCAUGAUGACAGCAGCGACGACUCGGACUCGGAUUCGGAUUCCGAUGAUGUUGGGUAUAACAGUAACGAAAAUGAUGCUGAAAGGGGUUGGAACACGAGAAGGAAUCGUCGGCCCGGGAGGUCGAGGAAGAGAUAUGGUAGAUGAUAGCUAUAGACAAUAGCCG